CGGAAUAAAGUGCGCAUGCGUAUUGUUUUACUGUUUAUCCCUUCUCUUUGCGCUCGGAAUAAAGUGCGCAUGCGUAUUGUUCAUCACACCGAGAGCAGUAGAGCAAAACCUUUACACUUCAGAUGGCUAAGAUCGUUGUCAUCCAAUGAAAUUCCAUGGUAAAGACACUAAAACAGGAAGUGAGUGUAAGGAGUGUUUUGUUGGAGUGAUCCCAAACUGGUGUUGAAGGUGAUGUUGUGUCUGAGAGAUGAAGUCCUGCAGGGUUCCACACCUCCUCCUGCUUUUCCUCUUCCUCAUCUUCAUCACAGUUCCUGUAUCAGGUGUCACUGUAAAGGUGGAGUUUAACCAGACUGCUGCUCUGCCCUGUGAACAGACAUGUUCUGAUGAGGCCACAUGGUCUCUGUUCACUGACCCAGAUUAUGUAGUGGCUCGGUGUGGUCAGACAUCCUGUAGGUCAGCAGAGGGAUUUAAAAUGUCCCAUGGUCAGUAUCUAAAGGGAGAUCUCACCCUCACCAUCACUGCAGCUGAUUACACUAAGAGGAACAUGUACACGUGUCAUUGUGAUGGAAGAGACGUUAAUGAUGUGCGUCUCCUCAUUGAGCCCAUCACAUCAUCAGUUCAGAUAAAUCCUGGUGAAGAUCUGCAGCUGGAUUUGCACGUAUCAGACCAGGUGGAGGUGAUCUGUACGGGUGAAAACUCCUCUUCACAUGGUGUACAGAUCUGCAGAGUGGAUGGAGGUUCCCUAAACUGUACAGAUGAAUACACACCGAGAACAUCACUCACUAACACACUCCUUACACUGAGAGGAGUAAAGUCCACUGAUGAGGGAGUUUACAUCGUCAGAGACACGGAGAUUAACGAGAACCUUCAUAUUUACUCAGUUUCAGUGAAAGAGACACUGCAGGAGCUAAUGGAGUACUUUUACAGUAUCAGGCUUCUAGAAGUUUAGCAGCAGUGUUCUUUGGCUGAAACCCUGAGAACAAGCAGACGUUGUUUAAUAGUUGGACAGUUGGACAUGUUCAUGUGAUUGGACUUCAUAGUAGACUUGCACAGGACUGAUUUUCUCCUGCUUGUGAUUCAUAAUUUUUAGGGCUGUCAAAAUUAACGCGUUGAUAAUGCGUUAAUGCAAAUUCAUUUUAAUGGCACUAAUUUUACAGCGCACAUUUUCUGUUUGACCCUCGGCCUUGCCCGUAGUUUGGGAAAUGGGAGAUGCAAGCCGAAAUUGAGAAAGAAAAGCGUCUUCUUUAUAUAUAAAAGGAUGUCUGAUGGUUCUGUUGACGAGACAAAAGUCUGCAUUUAUUGUGGAUGUGAAUGAAGUUCUCACCGCAGCACCUCGAGUUUAAAAUAUCACUUGAUGGUGAAGAAUACAGCUGAUACAGAGUCGCCAAAGGCAGACAACACUAGACUCUUUUCAGUGGAGAUGUAAUGUGAACCUGUGUUCUGUUCUUUUCUUCAUGUGUUUGUUAUGAACAAGUUAUUUGAAAAACAUGUCUAUGUUCUUUAUGCUCUAUAUUUAAGGUGGUUUCAGUAAUAAAUGUACACUUUGCAUGUUUAGAAGAAGUGAUCUGAAAAUGUUUACAGGUUUGUGUCAGUAAAUCGCUCAGUGCAAAGGAAGAAGUCACUGUUUUCUAUGUUCCUUUUUUCAUAUGUUUAAUAAACAUGAACAAGAAAAAUAUCUAUGAACUCUGAAACAUGUCUAGUCUCCAUGCUCUAUGUUGAAUAUGGUUUCACUAAUAAUAAACAACAUACAUUUCAAUAUUUGUCCAUGCCCAUGUUGAUUAGAGUAUUAAAAACUAAAAAAGUAUUAAUUUAAGGUACAUUUAGAACGGAUAAAAAUGUGCAAUUAAGUUGCAAUUAAUCACGAGUAAACUCAUGACAAUCAUGCGAUUAAUCGCGAUUAAAUAUUUUAAUCGAUUGACAGCCCUAAUAAUUUUACAAAAUCACAAUUUAAUCAUCCAGAACUGACAGUCUAAAAAUACAUGAAAAUAUUAACAUUAUUUGUAAAGUGUUGAAUUUGACACUUAUUCAAUCUUCUAUUUAAAUAUUUUAUUAGGUAUCCAGCUGGAAAUCAAUUGCCAUUACAUUUUAAGAUAUAGACAAAUAAAACAUCUCCAAGCAAUUAGAACUUACAUUCAAACAGAUAUGCAUGACAAAAACAACAGAAAUAACAGGAGUAACCAAACAAAGACCAUAUCAAUCCCAAAAACCCCACCCACAAGUGCUGUUCGGUCUCAAAAGCAGAUAGUGCGGGCACCAGAAGCUUUUAAACACAGGUUUGCAGAAAGGAAAUAAAUGGGGGCCAAAUUUUUCAAACAUCAAUAUCUUGUCCUCUAAGGGGACAUUCUUGUAGAGUGCCCAUCAGUGCUGUCUGCCAUGUCUUAAACGUUGGAGCUUCCUUUUUUUCCAGAACAAAUGAAUCAGUUUCUUGGCAGAGAUUAGUCCAUAUGAGAUGAAGUGUUGCUGGGCCUGUGUCAAUCUCAAAAAAUCCUCUAAAACUCCAAAUAUAAUUAAAAUAGGGUCAGGUUCAAUCCGUUUGUCCACUGUGUCUAAAAAAACCUGGAAGAUUUUGUUCCAGAAAUGUUGUAAUUUUGGGCACAUAGCAUAGGGAGAGGGACUGGUUGGAAUCUGACACUUGACAUUUGUCACAUACUGGCGAUACUUCUGGAAAUAUUUUAUAUAAUUUACGUUUAGAGUAAUGAAGCCUGUGAAGUAUUUUAAACUGAAUAAGACAGUGUUUUGCAUUAAUGGAGCUUUUAUG